GUCUUUCUUUUCUCUUCGUCGGUUGUCGCCUGCGCUGGGCCUGCGUCGAAUCGAGUCUGCUGUUGACAGUGUGGUCGCGAUGGCUGUCCCCGAAACACGGCCCAAUCACACCAUCUACAUUAACAAUCUGAACGAGAAAAUCAAGAAAGAUGAGCUGAAGAAAUCCCUCUAUGCCAUUUUCUCCCAGUUUGGCCAGAUCCUCGACAUCCUGGUCUCCCGCAGCCUGAAAAUGCGGGGACAGGCCUUUGUCAUCUUCAAGGAGGUCAGCAGCGCAACCAACGCCUUGCGCUCCAUGCAGGGAUUCCCCUUUUACGACAAGCCCAUGAGGAUCCAGUAUGCCAAAUCCGACUCUGACAUCAUUGCCAAGAUGAAGGGCACGUUUGUGGAGCGGGACCGCAAGCGAGAGAAGCGGAAGCCCAAAGGCCAGGAGGUGCCAGUCACCAAGAAGCAGAUCCCUGGGGGAGCAGCGCCGGUGGCCCCUGCCGUCCAAGGCGCUGUGCCGGGCAUGCCGCCCAUGAACCAGGCCCCUCGUAUGAUGCACCACAUUCCAGGCCAGCCGCCCUACAUGCCCCCUCCGGGGAUGAUGCCUCCCCCCGGCAUGGCACCUGGCUCCAUCCCCCCGGGGGCGAUGCCACCGCAACAGAUGCUGCCUGGACAGAUGGCUCCAGCCCAGCAGCUGUCAGAGAAUCCUCCGAAUCAUCUGUUCCUCACCAACUUGCGAGAGACAAACGAAUUGAUGCUCUCCAUGCUUUUCAAUCAGUUCCCAGGCUUCAAGGAAGUGCGUCUGGUUCCCGGGCGCCACGACAUUGCCUUUGUGGAGUUUGACAACGAGGUUCAGGCUGGAGCCGCCCGUGACGCUCUCCAGGGAUUCAAGAUCACGCAGAACAACGCCAUGAAGAUCUCCUUUGCUAAGAAGUGAUGCCUCCGCUGUCCCUGGGCAACUCUCCUCCUGCCCUUUCUAGUUAGUGCCUGUGAAAUGGUGGGAGGGGGGGGCUGUUCUGUUCUGUUCUGCGAGGUAAGUGGUGUGUGUGCAUGAGAGCGAGAGGGAGCCCAGCAGCACAAGAGGCAACCAGAUAUUGCUGUUCAUGAGCCAAGAGACCCAGACAAGCCGCCCCCUGGCUACUCUUGGGACUUGGAUGUGUGUGUGUGUGUGUGUGUGUGUGUGUGUGUGUACACAGGCAGCUGGGGAUAGUAGCCGACUCCUUGCAAAAGCAUUGUACCCAGGGUCUGACGGCCAGACAUUGCACCUGGAGCUUUUCUGUUUUGCAAUAAAACAACCACCGGUUUAUUUUUCA